UUAUUAAUUUAGAAAAUACCACGUACAAAUCAACGUGUAACAAAACACAUUUUUGGCUAUGGUUAGAUUAGAACAAAAGUGAGUAAGGAGGGCAUAAUGGUAAAUAGAGAGAGUUGGGCAGGGCCUAUGGGUAAAAAACAAUUAAAGGAAAAGGAAGGUGGAGGGCUCUUGAGCUCCGACGAGUGGCAAGUGAAGAAGGUGUGGGGAAAGCAAAAUGUGGAAUACAUAAAUCGACAAAAACAAACCGUCUUCUCCAGUACUAUUGACUCAUCUUCUCUGCCUCUGCCUCUGGAUUUAGAUUUUAAACUCUCUUCACGACUUGCAGAGAAUCUUCUCUCUGCUUCAGUCGAAGAAACUGCUCCCUCUUAUACCCAAGUCUCGCUUCACUCCCUUCACUGUGAUGCGGUUUCUCAACCGGAACUUCUGAAUCUCUCGGUGGUUACCUCUGAUUUAGCUUCGGAAACUUACUCGAGCUCGAUCUCUCUCGAUAAUGCCGGCGUUGUAGAACUUUGGAUCCAUCUCUCUGAUUCCGGUACUUUCCAGAAAUAGUAGCUCAGUAAAGGAACUUUCCGGCGGUUGAUCGAAGAAAUAAUGUCACAUUCAUGGGAUGGUCUUGGGGAGAUUGCGUCAGUGGCUCAGCUGACUGGUUUAGAUGCAGUCAAGCUGAUUGGGCUCAUUGUUAAAGCUGCAAAUACUGCUUGGAUGCACAAGAAGAACUGUCGUCAGUUCGCUCAACAUCUUAAACUCAUUGGGAAUUUGCUUGAGCAGCUCAAGAUCUCUGAGAUGAAGAAGUAUCCUGAGACUCGUGAGCCUCUCGAAGGGCUUGAGGAUGCUUUGAGGAGGUCUUACCUCCUGGUCAAUAGCUGUCGGGACCGGAGCUAUCUUUACUUGUUGGCUAUGGGUUGGAACAUUGUUUACCAGUUCAGGAAACAUCAGGAUGAGAUUGAUCGGUUUCUCAAGAUCAUACCCCUCAUCACCUUGGUCGAUAACGCUCGGAUUCGGGAGAGGUUUGAAUAUAUUGACCGUGAUCAGCGCGAGUACACUCUGGAUGAAGAAGACAGACAUGUGCAAGAUGUUAUUCUGAAACAAGAAUCCACCAGAGAAGCAGCAUCAGUGCUGAAGAAGACUCUCUCUUGCUCAUACCCUAACUUGCGUUUCUGUGAAGCCCUCAAAACAGAAAACGAGAAACUGCAGCUUGAACUCCAGCGCUCACAGGAGCAUUAUGAUGUGGCUCAGUGUGAAGUCAUUCAGCGUUUAAUUGGUGUUACACAAGCUGCUGCUUCUGUUGAUCCUGACUCUGAGAAGGAACUGACGAAGAAAGCUUCGAAAAAAGCUGAGCGUACCUCAAGCAUGAACACAGAAUAUUCGUAUGACGAAAAUACUCCCAAGAAAAGCAGUAGUCGUGCAGCCUCCAGAUCCACUUCUAAUGUUUCAUCGGGGCAUGAUCUACUUUCACGAAGAGCAUCAAUGGCACAACACCAUGAAGAAUGGCAUACAGACUUACUUGCUUGUUGCUCGGAACCUUCUCUUUGCUUAAAGACAUUCUUUUUCCCAUGUGGUGCUUUGGCAAAGAUUGCAACUGCAGCAUCUAAUAGGCACAUCUCUUCAGCUGAAGCAUGUAAUGAGCUAAUGGCGUAUUCUUUGAUACUUUCGUGUUGCUGCUACACUUGUUGCGUAAGGAGGAAACUCCGAAAGACGCUAAAUAUCACGGGAGGGUUCAUUGAUGAUUUUCUAUCUCAUUUGAUGUGUUGUUGCUGUGCCCUUGUCCAAGAACUGAGAGAAGUAGAGAUUCGUGGGGCUUAUGGUAUGGAGAAGACGAAAAUAAGUCCGCCUUCGUCGCAGUUCAUGGAACAUUGAAUUCUUAUAUUAUACAAAAGGUGAACAAAACAAAGGAUAUUUUGUCUCUCUGGAUAUGACUCGAGAUUCUUCUUCUUCUUAAUACACUCACUUGUGUUUGUAUUUGUGUUCAGUCGUUGUCGUAUGUAAAUUAGUUGUUUGUGAUUCUUAUCGAAAUUUCAGCAAAUUUGUGUUGUGUGUAUCAUAGACUAAUAGACUAACUAAUUUUCUUAUUCUA